AUGGAUGUAAAAGGUGCUUUUGACGCAGUGCUACCAGGAAGACUAGUGAAUCGCCUUCGGGAACAAGGAUGGCCAAACAACCUGGUUAGAUGGGUUCAGUCCUUCGCCACUAAUCGAUCCAUCAAGAUCCGACUAGACGGCGAGACUGGCCCGGAAACAAAGCUAGAAUGCGGUCUUCCUCAAGGUUCACCGAUCUCCCCGAUCCUGUUCAUGCUCUACAUCGCGCCUCUCUUCUGGAUGGGCAAACCACAGAGCAGAUUCGGAUAUGCAGACGAUAUCGCGAUACUAGCGACAUCAAACUCACUACAGACAAACUGCGAUUCUCUAAAAAUGGAUAUGCAAGAAACUCUCGAAUGGGGAAAAACCGAAGGUAUCACUUUUGACCCCAAGAAAUCUGAGCUUAUACACUUCUAUAAAGGACACCGAACACUAACGGAUACCCCUGCAAUACACACCGGAUCUAUGAAUAUAGAGGUCAAACCUGGCCCGCUCAAAUGGCUCGGAGUCCACUUCGAUAGGAAACUAUGCUUCAAACCACAUGUCCAGAUCCUCGCAGCCAAAGCCCUCAAGGGAGCCAACGCACUGAGAUCCCUCAGCAAUACACACCGAGGGAUACCCCCAUAUCUCACCAGGAAAGUGGCUGAAGCCUGCAUACUCAAAAAGUGCUAUUUCGCCUCGGAAACGUGGUGGCCAGGCCGAACCAGAACAAAGAAGAAUGCCCUAAACAACCCGAUCUCGAUCUCAAAUGUAGUGGACAGCCAUCUAAGCUUACUCAACAAAGUGGUAAUCACCUGUACAAGGGCAAUCCUCCCAGUAUACAAAACCACAAACACAGCAGUACUCUACGAGGAAGCCAAACUCAGACCAUCCGAGAUCGAGCUAAACCUGAUUUCACAAUUAUAUGCGGCACGAACCACCAGACUAGACCUUUACCAUCCUCUCAGGAUCAGAGCAGAGAACAUAACCAAAGCCAGAGAAUAUAACCGCACCCCAGAUACAAGAUUCGCAAGGCUCAUCACAGCAUUACCGGAGACUGAACACAUAAACCCCUUGGCCUUCCCACCCUGGGAAAUCAGAGAGUCGAGGGCAGAGGCCGAGGCCCGCAUCAAUGGUCCGAUGGGCAGAACGAAGGCACAAGCAGCCGAAGACUUCAAAGCCUUCCACGCCAAGAUCCCAAGAAGCGAUAUACAAAUCUUCUCGGAUGGCUCAAAAAGUGAAAGCAAGGAUGGCGCAACUGGGGGCGGAUUCGUAAUCUCACAAUUCGAUAUUCAGAUAGCACACCAUUCUUUCUCAUUAGGCACAAAUGCAGAAGUGUUCGAUGCAGAAGCCACAGCCGCAGUAGCAGGGGCAGCAAAAGCCCUCACUCUAGCAUCAACCAAACUGGCCACAGAUCUCUGGAUCUUCUUAGACAACCACGAGGCUGCUCUCCGAUUAGGAUCCCACUUCAAUGGUUCCUCACAGAGAGUCUUUGAAGACUUUCUGAAGCUCACACAAGCUUGGGCUGUUAGACCAAGGCUCCCACACACCUCCCCCGGGAAAAUCCGCGUCCGAUGGGUCCCAGGGCACCUGGAUAUCCCUGGCAACGAAAUAGCUGACAAAGCCGCUAAGGAAGGAACAAAACUCCCCUUUCCCCUCAACCCGAUCUGUACGCUAGCAUCCCUAAAAAGAAUGAUCAGAACAAGGGCCAACAAAGCAGACGAACAAUUAUGGAAUACAGUCAGCCCACAAUACUACAAAGAUCUCCAAUUCAACCACACUUCUAAUACAGACACCCUCUCUCUGAAGAGAGCCACACUCCACCAUAUUCUCGCUAUCAGAUCACAGCAUGGCGACUUCGCAGCAUACCAUGAACGCUUCAAUCACACUACAGCCCACGUCCAUUGCUCGUGCGGUAAAAGGAAAACUCCAUUACACUUUUUCUUUUGCAAAAAAGGAAAAGCCUUCAAAGCGCUCACAAAGAGCCCCCCCUCCGAAGCUAUCCCCUGGCUUCUAAGCAAUCCCACCGGUAUAGCCAAACUAGCCGAAUGGCUAGAAUACACCAAAUUCUACACAAAAAUCUGCCCGUGGCACACAGGUGCAAGAUAA